UCCAAUGAAGUCUGCCACAGCAUUGAAGGUGACUCUCCUGGGCAGUGAGUGGAGUUCGUCGAUGGGGGGCUUGUCCACCAUUAACAGACAGCUUGCCAUUCUGUUGGCCAAGCACUCUGAAGUGGAUGUUACUCUCCUUGUCCCACAAUCUGCCUGUUCUGUAGACGAGAGGAGAAUGGCAUCAUGUCACAAUGUUUCCAUCCAGGAAGCUAAGAAACUGGUUGGCUUUAGUGAUCCUCUUGAUUGGUUGAGUUUCCCACCAAGAGACCUUGUCAUUGACUUUGUGCUGGGUCAUGGUGCAAAGCUUGGUAGGCAAGCCCAAGUUAUCAGAAAUUCUCACAAUUGUAAGUGGAUUCAGGUGGUGCACACUGCACCCGAAGAACUUGCAAUGCACAAAAACUAUCCCAAGGCUAUUUCCAAAGGUGAAGAGAAGAAUUUAACUGAAGUGGAGUUGUGUAAGUUGGCAGAUGCUGUGCUAGCAGUUGGACCAAAGCUAACAGACGCUUUCUCCGCUCAGCUCCGCUCAUGCAAGAGUCAGGAAGACAUCCUUCAACUGACUCCUGGAACUUUCCGUGAGUUCUAUGACGUAAAACAAGCAAAAAAGGAGAGUAACAAGUUCAAGGUACUGACCUUCGGCCGUGGUGAUCCAGAGGACUUUAGUCUUAAAGGCUACGAUAUCUCUGCCAGAGCAAUAUUUGAACUAAAAGACAGGUCUUACAGUCUCAUAUUCGUGGGUGCACCUGACGGUAAACAGGAUGAGGUUGCAGCAAAUUUGCUGAAGAGUGGAAUUGAUAAAAGCCAGCUGAUCGUGAGGAAGUUCGCGCAAAGCAAAGAGAGAUUGAAAGAAUUAUUUUGUGAAGUUGAUCUCUGCAUCAUGCCCUCCAGAACAGAGGGUUUUGGUUUGACGGCGUUAGAAGCGUUGUCUGCUGGUCUUCCCAUUCUUGUCAGUGGAAACUCGGGAUUUGGUGAAGCACUGUGCACUUUACCAUCAGGCAAAUCAUUCGUGGUGGAGUCUGAGGACCCAAGGGAGUGGGCAAAGGCAAUUACUGGUGUCCGACAGAAGGAAAGAUCAGAUCGACUUCAAGAUAUCCAACAACUGAGGAUUUCCUAUGAAGAGAAGUUUAGCUGGGAGAAACAGCGUAACAUUCUCGUGGAGAAGAUGAGGGACAUAGUUCAUGCUUUCAAAAGACGAGACACAGGUUUCAGAACUCGGCAGGUCGAAGUUGUUGACACGUCAACCGAACAACUAACAGUUGAUUCAUUACUGACCGCAAGUUCUCUUGACCGAGUCAUCCAGGAACUUCAGCAGAUGCAACCCGACGCAAGCAAAGUCAAGAGCAGAAUAGAUCUAUCUCUGGCGCUGAGGAAUAUUGCAUCAGACAGGGGUUUCAGAAUGACUGACAAUGAAGGAUUAGGAAAUUGCAUGUUCCACGCCUUGUCUGAUCAACUGGAAACUGUUAGGGGAAUCAAAAUCCCACAUGGCAAAUUAAGACAAAUCUUGGUCCAGUACCUCAGGAGUAACCCAAAACUUCCGGAUGGAACAGAUCUGUUUCACUUUGUCCAUGGACAUCAAACAUGGACUGAAUACCUAGUAUGCAUGGAACAGGAUGGAGCUUGGGGUGAUCACGUGAUUCUGAGUGCCGCAGCAAACUACUUUGGAACGUGCAUUCGUGUGAUCAGUAGUCAAUCCAAAAGAAAUGAUGUAAUCAUUACGCCACAUUUCCCAGUUGACAAAAGCAAACCUCUUGUGCUGGGACAUAUUCAUGAGGUGCACUAUGUUAGCCUUCAACCCUUACAAGGUUAAAAUGGCAGGCCCCUACAGUCACUUUGAUCGGCCCUUGUGAAGAGCCCGGCCUUGCAGAAAGACUUUAUGGGCAUACAGACUAUUGAGCUUUCUUCAGUUUUAUUUAUCCAAUAUGAACUUCAAAAGCUUAAAUUUAAUUUCAGAGGUUCUAUAAUAUUAGUUUUCCAAUGUAUCGCAUGAAAAGAAAAACAACCCAAAUGACAAGGGGUGUAAAGAAAAGACAUCACACCGUGAAAAGUUAUCAUAACUAUGCAAAAGUGUACAAGUCUACGGGAAACAAAACACUCUCACUAAUAUAAAGCUUUAUUUAGGGAGCUCGAAACAUGAACUCGAUUACUCUUACUUUUAAUUUACUAACAAAAAAUUUUAUUGCUACGUACCAUCUGUCUGUACAACUGAAUAAGAACUAUGUACAAUUGUAGUAAACUAGCAAGCUAUUCAA